CCUUAUCCCAGCCUCUGGCGUCCACAGGCUUUCGCUCUUUUCUUCCCCUUCUUCAGCUCGCACGUCGCAGCACUUGUUGCUCUCAUCCUCCCAUUUUUCAUUUCGCUUCAAUCCAACUCCAACUCUCCACUGCCCUCCAGCCGCCGCCAAGCGUUCUGCCGAUUACAGGGUUCAGAGUUAUCCUCCUGCAAAACCCACUUCAGAGGAUAUGGAGAAGGGGAUUCCUUUCUCAAUUGAAGCAGGCACGCCAAGUUCUCGACUUAGAAACAAGAAUUUAGAGGGUCUGAUAGCUGCGGUUCUUAUGUUUGUUCAAACAUCUUCACCUCUGCCUUACUUCGGCUGGGAGCCGUUUCCCAUUUCACCAGCAAAUGCGGUGCUGUAUUUGCCGGACACUAAGGUUCGAAGAACUGGAGAACUUGCUUUAAGGAAGGCGAUUCCAGCCAAUGCAAACAUGAAGGCCAUACAGGAUUCACUGGAGGAUAUCUCAUACUUGUUAAGGACACCACAGAGGAAGCCAUACGGAACCAUGGAAGGCAAUGUGAAAAAAAAGCCCUUAAGAUUGCAACCGAGGAAAAGAACUCCAUUUUGGCAAGUGUACCUGCAGAGUUUGGGAACAAGGGUUCCUCAUUAUAUGCAUCUCUAAUUGAUGGAAAGGGUGGUUUGCAAGCUCUGAUUAAAAACAUUAAGGACCGGGACCAAGACAAAGUUUCCGUGAGCCUUGGCAUCUUCACUUGAUACCAUCUCUGAGCUUGAGUUGCUACAGGUAUCCGUAUGUAAGACUUCCUCUCAUGUUUCUUACGAUUCAAAAUUUGUAUCCAAUAACUGUAACCUCCCUUUUUUAGCACUGUUCCUUCCUUAUCAAUCCAAUAAAGGCAGAAAUGGUUGGUCCAUAUUAUGCAUUACUUUGUGGAUGGAUGACUCAUAAAGAUAGCAAAUUCACCAAUUUCCACCAAUUUAUUCCUUUCAGGGAUCAAGAGCGUUGUAUAAAUGGUAAUUGAAUAGAUUCCUUUUGGUUGUAACAGGUUCCAGGACUUUCUUUCUUGUUGCCAGAGCAAUACACGAACUAUCCAAGGUCAGCCCUUUCAUUUGUCAUCCCUGUGUGAUAUGUUGUAUUGCAACUUUAUUGGUACAGGCACAAAAAUAGUGACAGCCAAACUUUGGAUUAGUUUUAUCUCCUGACUAGAAUCUGUGGACCUGCAGGCUAAAUGGCAGAGGAACUGUUUGAAUUUACCAUUGAGAAAGGAGAUGGUUUAGCAUUUUCCCCUGAAGUGGGUGGUGAAUUAAGAAAGACAGUCAAAAUUCAGGUCUGAUAAGCAAUCUGCAAUAAUGAGAAAGCAAAGUUACUGUCAUUGAUAUGUGCUCCUACUUUGAAUCUCCUACAUGCUUGAACUAUUUUAUUCCUGCUGCUGGAUGUGUGGAUAUGACAUUUGCUUGCAACUAGUUAGUUCUUAUUCUGGGUGUGUGCCUUCCAUUCUUUCAUCUAAUUUUUUUUCUUCUGGAUACCUUGUUGCUCUCUUAUCUCUUCGUACUAUCAGUAACUGUAUGUGGAUAUUCAGCAGUCAGCACCACUGACAGCAGGGAAUUUCGCAAAACUGGUAAGGUAGCUGAACCUCACUUGACCUUCAUGCAAUAUCCAUUUCUAAUGGUAAUUCCAUUUCUUUUACUGGUUCAAUUGGUUGAGUUUUGAAUCAACAACCGAGCCAGUCCUAAUUUCCUCAUUAUGUACCUUUUUUUUACCUUUCAUGAACGAUAUGCAAACAUUGAUCGUCUUAGGUAGUGCAUGGGGCAUACGACGGAGCAAAGCUCGACACCAUUAACCAAGCUAUCAUAACCGAUACUGGACUGGACAAGAACUCCAGUUACAGCAUACCCUUAGAAAUAAUGCCCUCAGGACAAUUUGAGCCACUGUGCCGAACAAAAUCAAGUGUCCAGCACGGGGAGUUGCCAGUUCUUCCGAUGUCAGUCUACGGAGCAGUUGCAAUGGCACAUAGUGAAUGUGUCUGAAGCAUACUCAGCUCCAUAUCAGUUAUUCUUCUACCUCUACGACAAGAGAAAUUCUGGCUUAGGAGGAUUAUCUUUCUGAACGAAGGGCAGUUCUCGGUUUUCGGAUAUGCCACUAGCGGAAGGGAUUCAAUCAGCAAAGAUUGUGGAUGGUCAGGAUCGCCUUAUACUACCAACCCAGAGCUGAGACCUGAAAACACGACCAGCUUGAUUCUCUUCUCUUCUCUUUCCAAACAGGGUACGAUGAAGAUCUCUGAUCAUAUCUCCCAAUGACCCACUUGCUCAAUUCAUUGGUAAUUUGAUAGACACACAACAAUGUCGAUCAUUUUUUUUCUUCUUUGGUCUUGUAACAAAUGUCUAACACCAGUAGUCACCAGGUCUAUCUAUCCUCUCUAAAUUUGUUGAUUGUUCCACCUCUGGGUGGGAAAUGAGAAAUAUUUGUGGAUUUGUCGAUACUUCCACCUCUGAAGAUGGGUUUGAGUUUGACAUCCGGCCAUCGGUUUGCUUCUGGCCGACACGUCACUGCUCCAAUUUGUACGAUGAUUUUUAUCCUGCUGUGAUCGGAACAGAGACCUCUCUGAAGGAUACGUCUUCUUCACUGUCUGGUAGUGGCCCUGAGGUGUCGGCUUUUGGGCAGACGUCGAGAAGGAAGGUGAUCGGACAUUUCGCUUUUGCUUGCCGAGAAUUCGGCCGGGAAAAGGGAGGAAACCGGCAACUUUUGAGUUUGCCGACGGCGACAAUCCAAGAAAACUCUUUCUUUCCUUUUUUUUCUGAAAACUAAUUUGUGAAAUUAAGGGACUUCUGCAGACGUGUUUAAUUUUCAUUGGCUGUGAGGCAGAGGUCAAGCGGGCACACAGUGGGCUAUAUCGCAGGGAAUCAGAGCCCUCUCGUAUAAAACAAAGUCCUCGUUUGCAAACUCGAAACUUGGAGGAGAUUAACUGAGCAAACGAUUCAGUUUGGAUUGACAAAACUCGGUCGCCUCGACUCAGUUCCUCCCAGCCUCCAAUGGCUUCCCUCCACGCAAUUUCUCCUCACAGCUUCCUCCCUCUCUCCAAUCACAGAAUUGCUCCUACUGCUCAAGUCCUGAGCGGGCCAAUUAGGCUCCUUCCGAAUCGGAUUUUCUCGAGAAGCAAGCAGGUAGCUGACAGGUUGGUGGCGAACUCGCUUGUGCAGGACGAAUUCGAUGUCGUCCCGGUGCAGAGCGGGGAUAGCACGGACCGGCAAGAAGGUAUGGCGGUGGUGGGGAGCCAAGUGGAGAGAGAAGGAAACGAGUUGGUGGUGGUGACUCAGGUGAGCGGGUUCGGAGCGAGUGAAGGUCAGUUGUCGUUGGAAGGCUUCACUUCUGUUUCUGGCUCCGUUGUUGGAGGAGGUGGUAGUGGUGGUUGUGGUGAUGGGGAAGGUGAUCAGAGGGAGAAGGAGCUGGAAAUGGAGCGCCUGAUUGAUCGGACGAUUAACGCCAUGAUUGUUCUUGCCGCCAGCAGCUAUGCUAUUACUAAAUUGGUCACAAUUGAUCGUGAUUACUGGCAUGGAUGGACCCUUUAUGAGAUACUAAGAUAUGCACCUCAGCACAACUGGUCUGCCUAUGAGGAGGCUCUGAAGACAAACCCAGUUUUGGCAAAAAUGGUUAUCAGUGGAGUGGUGUAUUCUUUGGGAGAUUGGAUUGCACAAUGUUUUGAAGGUAAACCACUAUUUGAGUUUGAUCGCACGCGCAUGUUCAGAUCAGGCAUUGUUGGUUUCACGUUGCACGGCUCUCUUUCACAUUAUUAUUACCAAUUCUGUGAGGAGCUAUUUCCAUUUCACGACUGGUGGGCGGUUCCUAUCAAAGUAGCCUUUGAUCAAACGGCCUGGUCUGCAGUUUGGAAUAGCAUCUAUUUCACUGUAUUGGGAUUCUUGAGGCUGGAAUCUCCUCUCGCCAUUUUGGAUGAAUUGAGGGCUACAUUUUUCCCCAUGCUUACAGCAGGUUGGAAGCUGUGGCCAUUUGCUCAUCUUAUUACCUAUGGUGUCGUCCCGGUAGAGCAAAGGCUUCUGUGGGUGGAUUGUGUGGAGCUCAUUUGGGUGACAAUCCUCUCCACGUAUUCAAAUGAAAAAUCAGAAGCUAGAAUAGCAGAAGUACCAGUUGAAGCCAGUUCCAGUUCCGAUUCUAGUUCUGCACCAGUCACCCCACACGGUCAUGAGGAAUAGAGGACCUGGAGACUGUCAAAGUAAGAGGUAAAGGAAGAACAAGCUAAUCAGGGUUCCUAGUGUCCAAUUCGAGACUGCUAGAUGAGAGAUUUACUAGGCAGGUUAGGAGCUACUUCUAAAUCUGGUGCCUUCGAAAUUCGGAAGGAUGGGGCCAUCUCGGUUCAGAGAUUACACUGCACAACGGCAUGCAUCCCAGCUUGCCAAUACACGUACCCGCAAACACUGCAUAUAUCUGUAUAUAUGUUUAAUAUAUCGCGCGCGUUAAAACACUCCCUCCGUUUCGUGGCCUAGUCAAGCUCCCUAGAAACCCAGAUCAGAGGAGUUGAUGGUACAUAGCAAGCAAGAUCCUCUUUGAGACAUUUGCACAGGUUACCAAUUGUACUAUUGCGUGUCACACAAGUAAAAUGGAGAAACCCUUCGCUGUUAGUGUAAUGUACAAGCAUAUAUUAUCUGACAAGGUAUUCCCAAACUGUUUCCCAUUAAUUAUCAGAUAAGAAGAAUCUAAAAAGAACUUUGACAUUGUAAAGACAGUAACUUUGAUUGAUUACCUAUCGAAUGUAUCACCACAAGCCUCAAAAACCGUACUUAGCAAACUUAAACGCAUGCUUCAAAACAUUCCCCCAAGCAAGUGGGAUCCUCGCAUAGAACCACAACAACACCUUUGAUGCAGUCCAGAACAAAGCCUCGCACUGCCACGAUCACGUUCAUGAGCAACACCACCAUGUGGAGAACGAGACACGAACUAGUCGCAGUCCUAAACCAAGAAGAUGGCUUUCUCGGGUAUCGAUUCAGAUCGAUACCCUUUCCUUUGUCGAGCAAUGCUAGGCUCCUUACGUACUUGCCAGAGAAGUAGGGCGCUAUGCUUAACAAACCCAUAUCCCCAACUAUGCUCUGUUCCAUCGUUGAACACACGCUCACAAUAGCAGAAACUCUGCUUCUGAAGUUCGGGAACUGAGUGGCCGCCGAAGGCCUUGUCCCACGACUCUGCUUCUCCAUACUUCCUCAUCACCCAUAACUCGGAAUUUGCACAAACAGUAGAAAAGACAGUAGCUUUGGUUGAUUACCUAUCUAAUAAUGGACCACAACAGGCCUCGAAAAUAGCUGUCAAUAAAACUUCGACGCAUGCUUGUAAACAUGCCCCAACACAUCCCUCAAAGCAAGCGGGAUCCGAACAUAGAACCACACAAACAAUUUCGAUGAUCGCCAGAAAGAAGCCUCCCAACGCCUUGAUCGCAUUCAUCGGCAACAUCAGUAAUGCACGUAGAUGAUCGAGACACCAACUAGCUGCAGAGCUAAUCCACGAUGGCCUUCUGGGGUAUCGAUUCAGGUCGAUACCCUUUCCUUUGUCCAGCAAUGCCAAGCUCUUUACGUAAGGCUCAAUAAAGGAGGGCAUUGUUCUUACCCCACUCAGAUCUCUAACCAUUCUAUGGCUUCUGCCCUUUAGUUCCAACAAUGUAAACACGCUCGUCGUGCCCACUGCAACGAAAGCUUCGUCUUUCCUCCUGAAAGACAGCAACGAGGCCGGGCCACCGCCCGGGAAAGGGACGCCAUCGUACACCUUGUCCCAUGAUCCAGCUUCUCCAUACUUGCCCAUCACCCAUAUUUCAAAAUUCGUAACCAUUCUGCGAAAAACUUGUUCCACUGAAAGCACUUUCCACUCACUCCUGACAACCGCUAUCGUGGACGAGUCACCAAAAGCCUUCACACACAGUUCAGAAGCUCGGACUUUCGUCAAACACUUGGGGAGCAUGAUCUCACCGAACGUUUCAGUUCUCAAAUCAAACACCAAUACCAAAUUCCUCGACUUCCCAUCUGUUUGGACGAUCCCAUGAAGCCUCCCGCUCGCAAAAGCAAGAUUGUUCUCCUGAUAAGGUAUCAGCUCGUAAUUGAGGGUACCAGAACGUAUGCUCUUCCACGACCCUGUUCUAAGCGAAUAGAGAUCGGAGACGAGGGGGGUAAUCUUGCCUCCGGAGGACGACGCAGCCGCAACCGUCAAAACCUUGAAAUCGUCGGCGCCAGAACCGAUUCCGAACCCGGUCAUUGUCUUGAUUUGACUGGAGAGAUCGGGCUCCUGUUUUCGAGGUGGCGGGAGAGUCAAGAAUUUGCUAAUAUUAGGGUUCCAGAGGAUGAGGCUACUUCGAUUGCGAAGGCACACCAAUCCGUUGACGACGCCGAGCGUAGAAAACGCUGCCACGGGAGGGACGAGGGCGUCUGAGAGGAGAGCAAAAUUACCGUCGUCGUCGAAGCGCAAGGAGAACUUAUUUCCGCCUUCGGAAUAGCAGAGCAGAAGCGGUCGGCGACGGCCGUCGCCGGCAGUCGAAGGUCGCAGGGUUUUGGCGAGUUGACUGGAAACGAAAGAGGGACUUGUGAUGAAACGGCGCCAUGACUUGCAGACCAAGAGGCACUGCAACAAAGAGCUGG